GAAAGUGGAACUAAUUGAUCAACUUAAUGAGUACACCAUUUAUUCAAAUAGUUACUUAUAAAAUGCCAUGACCGGUCUUAUAACAUGAUAAUUCCACCUCCUGCCAACUUUUGAUUUUUUUUGAAGAUUUCUCUUAAAUAUUGCUAAAUGCUUGAUCUUGACAGGAAUCAGGUGGUACAAAAGGAUGGACCCCAAAAAUGGAAGUUCUUUCACGGGCUUUAUCCUGCUGGGUUUCUCUGACCGGCCUCAGCUGGAGCGAGUCCUCUUUGUGGUUCUUCUGAUCUUCUAUCUGCUCACCCUGCUGGGAAACACAACCAUCAUUGUGUUGUCCCGCCUAGACCCACACCUGAAGACUCCCAUGUACUUUUUCCUGUCCAACCUAAGCUUUCUGGACCUGUGUUACACGACCAGCACUGUUCCUCAGCUGCUGGUUCAUCUCAGGGGAGCAGACAAGUCUAUCUCCUUUGCUGCCUGUGUAGCUCAGCUGUUCGUCUCUCUAGGGUUGGGAUCCACAGAAUGCAUUCUGUUGGGGGUGAUGGCAAUUGACCGCUACGCAGCCGUCUGCAGGCCCCUGCACUACACAGUGAUCAUGCACCCCCGUCUCUGUGCCCUGAUGGCUUCUGCAUCAUGGUUCAUUGGUUUUGCCAACUCCUCGUUGCAGACGGUGCUCACCUUCCUUGUACCACUUUGUGGGAGAAAUAAAAUAGACCAUUUCCUUUGUGAGGUCCCCCCACUGCUCAAGCUUGCCUGUGUUGACACCACUGUGAAUGAGUCUGAGCUCUUCUUUGUCGGUGUGAUCAUUCUUCUCAUACCUGUGGCAUUAAUCACGUUGUCCUAUGGUCGAAUCGUCAGGGCAGUGAUAAGAAUAAAGUCAGCUGCAGGACAGAGGAAAGCCUUUGGGACAUGUGGGUCCCACCUCACGGUGGUCUCCCUGUUCUAUGGCACGGCCAUCUAUGCUUACCUCCAGCCCAGCAACAACUACUCCCAGGAUCAGGGCAAGUUCAUUUCUCUCUUCUACACCAUCGUCACCCCCAUGGUCAACCCCUUCAUAUAUACUCUGCGGAACAAGGAUGUGACGGGAGCAAUGAGGAAGGUAUUCUGUGGGAGCUAUGACUCCAGAUGACUGGGGGGGCAAGACCCUCUGAUGGAAGAAUUUGAGUUCAGAGUCUUUCUGCUUUUGUGUCCUGCACGUGUCAUCCAACAUUUCCCCUGACAACUCUCAAGGGGAUUUUCUUAUCUCCUUCUUUCGUGCAAGUGAGUGUUCAAACUCUGAGUUCAUGGAUUCAUUGCAGCCUCCAGAGAUUCUGAUUUCGAGCAUCUGCGUCAUAUUAUUUUUUCAAAAACCUCCACAAAUUUUUGUUAUUUCACUCCCUUUUGGGAGCACUAUUUCUUUCCUAAUUGCAAACAGACAUCUACACACAUAUGAUAAAACCACAGCCAAUAAUAAUAUGUACCACAGAUACAGUGUCAGAAACAUUAAUAUAUUAAAGUUGUUUUAACGUUUAUUUAUUUUGAGAGAGAGAGAGACAGAGACAGACACAGAGACAGAGAACAGAAGUGAAGGAGAGGCAGAGAGAGCCAAAGAGAGGGACAAUCCCAAGGUGGAUCUGUGCGGCCAGCACAGAGUCCCAUUAAGGGUUGGAACUCACAAACUGAGAUCAUGACCCCAGCCAAAAUCAAGAUUUGGAUGCCUAACUGACUGAGCCACCGAAGCACACCAGAAAUAUUAAUAUUUUAGUAUUUUCUAGCAAUUGCUGGAGGCAUAUCCCUUUUUCUUGUAUUUUGAUCAUGGCUUUGAUUGAAGGUCCAUAAGUUGACUGUAUCACAGCUCUUUCACACAAGUAGGUGGGGCAACAGUGUAAAAAAACUUUUAGGUCAAAGAAAAACCUACUAACAUCAAUCCUGAUAAGGCCAUUCAGAUGUCAGGCCCUCGUGUG